AUGAGACCGCCUCCGCUGCCCCAACCCGUGCCUUUACAACCGGUUGUAUCGCCAACACAGACAAUAUUGUCCGUAAUGUUUACAUCCUGUAGACUGCGAUCGCAGGCCGUGUUAUUCAACACCCGGACGGCCACAUCCAGGAGUCGAUCGUUACAAUCGUCUACUUUCUGCCAACCGGACGGCGCAACCCGUUUGUCGGCGUAUUUAUUGGCACCGGCAAUGGGCUCCCUAUCUACAGUGCUUGAUAGAGCACAAGUGAUAGAACUGCCGGCAAUCACUUUAUGCACUCAUAUUAAUAACGCGAUAGACGUCGACUAUUUACGGCACCGGUACCCAAACGACACGGCACUGGCAAACAUAACCGACACCUAUGAAAACAAAUGGCAAUACAAGUCAUACCUGUUUAACCUAACACUGGAGGAGCAGCUGAUAAACGGCACGAUCGGCGCCAGCAGGUUCUUCAAUUAUUGCAGAUUGCGCGCACCCCUGGCCCUAUCGGUAUUUGACUGGGCCAACUGCUCAUCAGUAUCGCCAAUAGUCGAGUCAAUUAACAAUUAUCAAAAAUGUUUUACCAUGUUUAAUCAAAACGCCAGCCAAUUAGCGGACAACAAUCGGUACCGCGUGGACCACGAUGCGACAUUUCGCGAAAACGGAUUUAAUUUGUUUUGGUUUGCGCUGAACACCCGAUACGUACGAGAGCUAAGCGUUUAUAUGCACGACCGGCGGCAGCCUUUUGUGGGCCGAGUCGAAGGCCAGUCGACUCCCAUGAAUUUUGAUCACAAACAUUAUGGUAUAAUUGCCAUAGCGUACAAAGAGGUCGAUAUUAACCGAUUGCCCCCACCCUACCGGACCCAAUGCGCUGACUACACGUCACUCGGGUAUCGAUCCCAAAAAGACUGGGUUAGCCAAUGCCGUAUUAAAUAUUACCGCGAUCAAUUUUCCAGUUGGCCCCCAUGGACGAUGUAUCGCCGCGAACAUUAUGGUAAUCUUAAUUACGCACCAAUGAGUAUACCAGGUAAUCGCACUAUGGACAAACAAAUAUCCAACCACUGCGCCCACCGCAUCGGUCGUAGGCCCGACUGUCACGCCGUUUACUACACGAUGAAUACUAUUGUGCCCACCGACACAAUUACCAGGUACAUACACUCACCUCGCAUGGAGUUAUCCGAGUAUAUGGGCAUUAUUGGCGGUGUGUCGGGCCUAUGGUUCGGUCUAAACAUACUGGCCUUUUAUGAUAUUGGCAAUAAGCGGCGCUCCAUACCAACCAGUUACAUCUAUUCCAUCAACAAACCCGGUGCACAUCUCUCCUGGCCUGUGAUGCCUCACCCUGACAUCGGGAUUCUCUGUGCACGCGCUAUCAUUCCACACAGCUAA